CAAGGCCUGAGCCAAAGGCAGAUGCUUAACUGGCCAGGCGCCUCUUGAUCUGUAUUUAAAUUUCAUAAAACUUACCUUUGGAAAAGUAGAUUCACACACCCAGUUGUUUCAAACAUUCUUCAAAGUUUUACACUAACUAAAUCAAGGAUCAGUUUUUAAUUUCAGAUUAAAUUCUAAUUCAUUAAUUUUAAUAUUAUUAAUACUUUAGUGAUUAAUUAAUUGAAACUAAAUAACGUUAAACACUCCGUUGCACUAGCCUUAUUUCCAGAACUCAGUUGUCACCAGUUGCUAAUGGUAUGCAUGUAGAAGAGCAUAGGUGCAGAGUGACUCAGUGAUGGGCCUAAUCCAUGCCACUGAAUUUCCCUGCUGGAUUGACACAUACCUGCCUAAUGAAUUGCCUCUUCAGCUCUUGCAUCCCCACCACCUCUCACCAAUAUACACAGUUUAUUCACCGCAUAGCCACCCAACAAAUUUUGUUAAAUGUUAAGUCAGAUAUGCCACUCCUCAAACUCGUGCUCCCUCAAUGAUGUCUUAUGACAUUUAGGAUCAGUUCCAAACUGCUCACAACCCCUUUCAUGAUGUGGCCCCUCCUGAACUCAGCCAUCUCACAGACCACCACUCCCCACCUCACUCAUUCUGCUUCACACCAUUUACUUCCCUCCACAUACCAAGUACACACCUGCUCCAGGGCCUUUGCACUUACUGUACCUCUACUCACAAUGCUCUUUUCCAGGCGUCCAAGUGCCUCACACCUGCACUACAUUCAAACCUUGACUUAAUGUUGCAUCCUCUGGAGGCCUCCCUCAACCACCCCAUCACUCCACCCCCUGCUCUGGUAUUGUUGUGUUGUGUUUUGUUUUGUUUUUAUAGCAAUGAUCUCAGCUGACACUGUGUUCUAUAUGAACUUACCAUCCAUGGUGGAAUGUAAGGUACAGGGGAGCUGGUACUUCUUCUCUAACUCUGCUCUUUCCCCAGCACCUAGGAUGAUGCCUGGCACAUACUAGACACUUAACAAAUGCUUGUCAAAUGGAUGGAUAGCUGUCUUCAUGUCUCAUUUGCCUCCUCAUCUGGAGCCUUCUGUGAUCUUGGGAACAGAUAGCAUUGGCUGUGCCCCUUCCCAACCCUGAGAAGGGGCAGGAAUGCUGCAGAAGAUAUUCUGACCUCCCUCCAUGUGUGUCUAUGCACCUGUGUAUAUGUGUGCAUGCACGUGCAUGUGUGACCAGGCCCCACCUUCUCUGCACUCUGCCCUUCUCCAGAUGCGGAGCCUCAAGGGGGAGGAAAGGAUGCCUGCUGCACGAGGGAAGUCCAAGUCCAAGGUGCCAGUGACAUUUGGGGAUUUGGCCAUCUACUUUUCCCAGGAGGAGUGGGAAUGGCUGAGCCCCAUUCAAAAGGAUCUGUAUGAAGAUGUCAUGUUGGAGAACUACCAGAACCUGGUCUCUCUCGGACUUUCCUUUCGGAGGCCAAAUGUGAUCACCUUAUUGGAGAAAGGGAAAGCACCUUGGAUAGUGGAGCCAGUGAGGAAACGCCGGGGCAUGGACUCAGGGUCUAAAUCUGACACCAGGAAGUUACCUCCAAAUCUGUGCAACAAAUCUGGGCAAAGCAUCUAUCAGAAACCAAUUUCUGCAUCACAGAAAGUUCCCACAGGAAAGAGAGGCUGCAAGAAGAGUUCAGUUCUAAUAAAACCCAGGAAGGUAGACUCAGGGAAGAAAUCUUUAAAAUGUAAUGACUGUGGGAAAACCUUUGGUCAAAGCUUAUCUCUUAAACUUCAUCAGAAAUCUCAUACUGGAGAGAAGCCUUAUGAAUGCAGUAAUUGUAGAAAAGCUUUCAGACAGAUCUCAUCCCUCAUUCUUCAUCAGAAAAUUCACAGUGGAAGGAAAAGCUAUAAAUGUGAUAAAUGUGGAGAAAGCUUCAUUCAAAGAACAUCUCUUAUUCUACAUGGGAAAGUUCAUGAUGGAAAGGAAACUUUUGACUAUGGGAGGGCCUUGAGUCAGUGCCCACCUCCCAGUGUGGGCCAGAAAAUUCAUUUUGUUGAGAACAUCCACCAGUGUGGAAAGUGUGGGAAAGACUUCAUUCGAAUGUCAUCCCUAUUACUUCAUAAGAAAUUUCACAGUGGAAAGAAAAUUCAUAAAUGUAGUAAAUGUGGGAGAGGCUUCAAUAAGAAAUCAGCCCUUGUUAUACAUAAAAGAAAUCAUACUGGAGAGAAAACCCAUGAAAGUGAGAAGGCGUUAAGUCGGAGUCCACAGCAGAAAAGUCACCAUUUAGAGAAUCCUUAUAAAUGUAGAGCAUGUGGAAAAUCCUUUAAUAGGAUUUCAUCCAUUAUGCUUCAUCAGAGAAUUCACACGUCAAAGAAAACCUAUAAAUGUGAUAAAUGUGAGAAGGUCUUCAGGCGGCUUUCAACCCUUAUUCUACACCUAAGAAUUCAUAAUGGAGAGAAACUGUACAGAUGCAGUAAAUGUGAGAAGGUCUGUAAUCGGCAUUCAUCCCUUAUUCAACAUCAGAAAGUUCAUACAAGGAAAAAGAAACUGUUUGAAUGUAAGGAAUGUGGAAAGAUGUUUUCUGGAACUGCCAACCUUAAAAUACAUCAGAACAUUCAUUCUGAAGAGAAACCUUUCAGAUGCAAUAAAUGUAGUAAAGUUUUUGGCCGUCAGUCAUUUCUUAUUGAACAUCAGAGAAUUCAUACUGGAGAAAAACCCUAUCAGUGUGAAGAAUGUGGAAAAGCCUUCAGUCACCGAAUAUCUCUUACUCGACAUAAGAGAAUUCAUACUGAAGAUAGACCCUAUGAAUGUGAUCAGUGUGGGAAGGCCUUCAGUCAGAGUGCACACCUUGCCCAACAUGAAAGAAUUCACACUGGAGAAAAACCAUAUACGUGCAAAACAUGUGGGAAGGCCUUUAGUCAACGCACAUCCCUUAUUCUACAUGAAAGAAGUCAUACUGGAGAGAAACCCUAUGAAUGUAAUGAAUGUGGGAAGGCAUUUAGCAGUGGCUCAGAUCUUAUUCGGCAUCAGAGAAGUCAUUCUUCAGAGAAACCGUAUGAAUGUAGUAAAUGUGGGAAGGCAUAUAGUCGGAGUUCAUCCCUGAUUCGACAUCAGAAUACACAUUCUGAAGAAAAAGCCUAAGUUUGUUUUAAAUAUGUGAAAGCAUAGAGUGAGGCUUUCAAAGUAGCAGAGACCAAGGCAUAGGAAAAUGCAUUUGUUUAUAACAUAAAUUUUGUAAAAAUGGGACCAUUUGAUGAUGUGUCCCACUUUGAAAGCCAAAGAGCAAAAGUCAUCAGUGACUUUGACCAGGUGAUUUGUAAUCAGCUGAGGCAAUGACCUUAUCAUAGGUCUUAAUUUCAAAAUAGCAAGCUCGGAUGAUUGGAUCAGUCAUUUUUAAUGAAUACUACUCCUCAUUUGAUAAGAAUUACUGAUAUUUUAUUUCCAGUGUAAUUUAAAGCUAUUUCAUUAGUCACAUACAACAGAGUAGAACUGCAAAGUCCGUAUUUCUGGAUGGGACUUUUGAGCCUGGUUUAAAGUCACAUGAAGAAUGAGUUUGAGUUUGUCUCUUAGGACUGGAACCAUCACAAAUAAGAGAUUUCCUGGGCAAACCAGGGUGCUACUUCCAGCCGGCAGAAAAUUGUGGGUGAGAAAAGAGAAGAGUGAGUCUUCAAGUAGAUAAAGAGAGCACUCAUAAUUGUGUAAAUCAGUUGAGUCAUUACCAUAUUGUCUCCAUAUGAAGAUACAUGAUACUCAUCGUGUGAAAAAUCUAACAAGCCUGAGACAGGCUAAUGGGAAAAAAGAAACCAGAGAAAUGAGAACUUAAAAGCAGGGAGAAAUUAUUUGCUACUGUUUUAUUGAAAAUAAAUUUGUCUUUAUUUAUAUAAAUAAAUAUUGGUAUUUUCAUGUAAGAACCCUGG